ACAAAAUGGCGAAUUUGAUAUUGAAUUCCGAAAUGAUAAAAUCCAUCGAAAAAGGUGGUAAAAGUGAUAUACUUGGUCAGUGUAAAGUGUACCUGCGAUCAGAGGAUGGAACAUGGAACAGUACAAAUGGGAAAACGUUGAAACGAUUGUUUUACGAGCUGUGUGGCAGUGUGGUGGCUGGUGACAUGAAGGUGGAAACAGUUGCAUCAGUUCUACAAGAUGUCACUGCAUGCCACAAAGAUGUAUCAUCCCUCCUGGUCGACGUGUUCUCUUUACUUGAUGUGGAGAUGACCUGCCUAGAAGACAAGGAGCAGAUCGAGAGGUUUAAAGCACUAGUUUCAGCAUGUUUGCCAUUCAUACCAGACGUCCUGCUGAAGGAGCGCCUUGAUCAAGAAACACUAGAGAGCAUUGGAUUGAUUCAGUCAAAGUCAGCAUUUCAAACUAAAUAUGUCAAGACCAAGACAAGGCUGUAUUACAAGCAGCAGAAGUUCAACCUUCUGCGGGAAGAGAAUGAAGGAUAUGCCAAGCUGAGCACGGAACUUGGACAAGACUUUGCCUCAGUUCAUCUCACGUAUGAACGCAUCUUACAGAAUAUCAAAUCACUCAUUGGUUGUUUUGACCUUGACCCCAACCGUGUCCUUGACAUCAUUUUGGAGUCAUUUGAAUGUCGCCCUGAGCUUGGAACUGUCUUCAUCCCACUUCUCAAGAAUUACACAACCGAACGGGACAUGCUUUGUCAAAUACUGGGACACAAGUUCCACUUUUACCAGAUGACACAGGAACAUGAAACUCCGGCCUCACUAUAUAAAGUUGCUGCUCUGCUUCUGCAUCAUAAAUUGAUAGAUCUCGACAUCCUCUAUCCACAUUUACGCCCCCUGGAUAAUGAAAUCAUAGAACAACACAAACGUAACCUAUUGGAGGCAAAGGCGUAUGCAAGGAAGUUCAGUAUUGUCAUCUUGUCGGACAAGGCAAAUGAAGACAAGACCAAAGAUGCUGAGAAGGAUAACAAGAAUGAACAGCAUGUUAACAACCAGAAGCUGGGUCUGAUUGAAGCCCUCCUCCGACUGGGUGACUGGGAACAAGUGCAACCACUGCUGGCUAAACUACCUCCAUACUUCGCCACAUCAUACCGCCCACUCGCUAAAGCUCUCUGUUCUCUUCUACAUAUAACCAUUGAACCCCUUUAUCAAAAACACAAUGGUCUCCCAAAGGCAGUCCUCAAGGCUCGCAGACAACGCAACCAAAAGAAUGGUCAGGCGAUACGUCAGGUGUCCUCAUUCCAAGAUCUCGUGUCACCGGUCUACCCGAUGGUCUACCAUCUCGGUCCAUACCUCAGCUGUGAUCCCAUACUCAUUGUCAAACUUGUACGCAUAUGUCGGUCUUUUAUGAAAGAGAAGGAGGAUAGACGACGAGGAGAGCUGCAAGAUGUCUACCAUGGUCUCCUGACUCUCAUCGACGAGUGCAUCCUGCCAAGUCUGACCAUGCUCGACGGUAACUGCUGCAUGUCGGAGGAGAUCUGGACACUGAUCAAGCUACUGCCGUACACGUAUCGCUACCGUCUGUACGGCCAGUGGAAGAAUGAUGCCACGCACACACAUGCAGUGCUCAUCAGACAGAGGGCCGACUGUAUAGAGAAGGCCAAGUAUAUACUCAAACGCCUCACCAAGGAGAACGUGAAGCCUCUUGGACGACAGAUAGGGAAACUCAGUCAUAACAAUCCUGGCAUCAUAUUCGAAUAUGUGCUGUCACAGAUCCAGAAAUAUGACAACUUCAUCGGGCCAGUGGUUGAUUCACUCAAGUACUUGACGAACCUCUCCUAUGAUGUUCUCAUCUAUUGUAUCAUUGAGGCGCUGGCCAACCCGGACAAAGAGAAACUCAAGUAUGAUGAUACCAGUGUUUCUUUAUGGCUACAGAGUUUGGCCAACUUUGCCGGUGCUAUCUGCAGGAAGUACCAGGUGGAACUGGCGGGAUUGGGGCAAUAUGUGGUCAAUCAGCUCAAAGCAGGCAAAAGUUAUGAUUUGCUCAUUCUAAGAGAAGUCAUUCAGAAGAUGGCGGGUAUCGAGGUAACGGAGGAGGUCACUGAUGAUCAGCUCAACUCGAUGUCUGGUGGUGAGAAUCUGCGAUCAGAGGGAGGCUACUUCGCACAGGUCAGGAACACGAAGAAGUCUUCAGGUCGUUUAAAGGACACGCUGCUAGAGCAUGACUUGGCAUUGCCGCUGUGUUUCUUGAUGGCCCAGCAGAGAGAUUGUAUUAUUUAUAAAGAUGGAGAGGCUGGAAAGAGACAUCUUAAGCUUGUUGGGAAGUUGUAUGAUCAGUGCCAAGACACCCUCGUCCAGUUUGGUACGUUCCUGUCCACCCAGAUGAGCUCCGAGGACUUCCAAAAGAAACUGCCGCCCAUUGAUCAACUCGUGCUCACAUAUCACGUCUCUCCUGAUGCAGCAUUCUUCUUCACGAGGCCCGUCAUCACUCAUGCCAUCAUGUCCAAGUUUGAUGAGCUGAGAAAACAGGACAAAAGCAAGAAGGAAGCAAGUCAAACAGCUGCCAAGACGCAGCGAUAUCUUGAAGCAUCUGAGGCCGUCUUGUGCCAUGUCGUGGAGUCAGUCCGGGCUUUGAAUCCACCCAGGAUAUGGGAGGAACUCAGUCCACAAUUCUACGUGUCAUUCUGGACACUCACCUUGUAUGACAUUGAAGUGCCUACCUCAGCCUACGAGAAACAGAUCAACAUACUGAAAGCUCAAAUCAUAUCGAUUGAUGAAAGUCAGGAACUUGCGAGCGGCAAGAAGAAGAAAGAGAUGGAGCGCUGUGUGAAUCUGAUUGAUAAGCUCCUCGAGGAGAGCAAGCGACAGCUUGAGCAUGUCUCCAGGGUGAAGGCCAGGCUUAAUAAUGAGAAGGACGCAUGGUUCUUACCCACAGGGGGAUCAACCAAGAAUGAGACCAUCACCCAGUUCCUGCAGCUGUGUGUCUUCCCGAGGAGUUGCUUCAGUGCACCUGAUGCCAUGUUCUGUGCCAAGUUCAUCCACCUUCUCCAUGAGCUCAUGACUCCUAACUUCUCCACGCUCAUUUGUUAUGAUCGAAUCUUUUGUGAUGUCACCAACACUGUGACAUGCUGUACGGAGAACGAGGCCUAUCGCUAUGGUCGCUUUCUCUGUGUGGUGCUCGGCCCUAUCAUGAAGUGGCACUCGGACAGACAGCUCUAUGAGAAGGAGUGCGCCACCUACCCAGGCUUCGUGACAGUGUUCAGGAAGGGAACAGAUAGCAACAACAAGGCCGACCAGCUAGAGUAUGAGAACUACCGCCACGUCUGUCACAAGUGGCACUUCAGGAUCACCAAGGCGAUGAUUGGCUGCCUUGAGUCAGGCAUCUACUGUCAGAUCAGGAACGCUGUCAUUGUUCUCACGAAGAUCCUGCCACAUUACCCGCGCAUUCAGAUGUUUGGCCAGGCGUUGGAGCGACGAAUUGAACGACUGAAGGAUGAUGAACGUGAGAAGAGACCGGACAUCUACGCAUUAGCUGUGGGUUACUCAGGCCAGUUGAAGUCCAAGAGGUCGACGUGGGUUGCCGAGACCGACUUCCAUAUCAAAGAUAAAGACAAUACGAAGGUGCCAGCUAAGUCCAGCCAGGUGGCCAAGGUUGUGAAGAAUGGAGAUGCUCAUGAAGAAAGUGCAAGUAAUGAACACAGAGAGUCCAGAGAUUCCAAGGAACGACGCUCCACGAAUGAUGUGAGAGUAAAGACUGAGAAGUCAGGCAGGGCAAGUGUGGCAUCAGGAGAGAGGACACCCACAUCCAAAUCUGACAGGAGAGAGAGGUCACCCAAUGCCAGUUCAUCGGAUGUGAAACAGAAAGCCAAGACUCGAGAAGAUAUCAAACAAGCGAAGGAGAGAUCUCUUGAGGACAUCAAACUGCUUGGGCCUAAGGUUCAUGGUCACGGUGAUUAUGAGGAGAGGAGUUAUAGGGAUGGUGAGAGGAGUCGUGAUAAGGCUGGUCAUGAUGAUAGGAGUCAUAGCCGUGAGAAGAAACUGGAGCGGAAGGAGGAGAAGGCAGGUCGUGAGGACCGGAGGGAGGAGAGGGCAAGGGAGGAGAAGGGUCAUAGAGAGGAGAAACAUAAAGAGGAGAGAGAGAAGAGGGUCAAGGAGGAGAAAAGGGAUCGAGAAGAUCGUGACAGACACAGAGAAGAGAAGAGUCACCGCCAUGAAGAACGCGAACGUCUGCGGGAGGAGAAGGCUCUCAUUGAGAAAGAAAGAUGGCCGAGUGAUCGAUCACCAAGCGUCGGUAGCCAUAGCUCACAGCAUCAGAGGAGUGCGGAGGUUUCACCCGGCAGAGGACAUUUGAUAGAGGACAGAGAGACAAAGCGACGAAAGCUAGAUGCUCCAGCUGCCUCUACAUCAAGGGACAUUAUUGAGAUGGAGCCUCCACUACAGAGCCCUCUGAUGGAGAAAGAGCGUGAGAAGGAGAGGAAGGCUGAGAGAGCUGAGAGGAAGCGGGACCGUAUGUCAGAUAACGACCUCAUUGAGGCUAAGAGGAAGAAGAAUGAAGAAAUCACCCCCGGUCGUUCCAGUAAAAUCAAUGGAGACACGGAUGGCCCUUCGACGAGUAAAGAACGCAGUCGUCAUGGUGACAAGGGACAUGAUCGCGAGAAAGUGAGAGAGAAGGAACGAGAGGGGAAAGGAGAGGGAGAGAAGAAACCUAAGAAGGAGGCCAAGGAUCAUGACACUCCCAAAGAAGAGAGACGCAAGUCAGAUAAACACAGCUCCAGUGGUAAGAAGUCCAAGAAAUGAAUUCAUGUGGAUUAAACCGGGUAAUGUUGGUGAAGCCAGACGUUGUUCAUAUUCAGUUCAGUGAAGGGACAUGGUUGAUUGAUUUGUACUCUUGUGAUCGGUUUGAAUUGACUUCGGGAGGGAUUUGGAUGUGUAUUUUGAUGAAGAGGGAUUCAUGCUCUUAGGGAGGAUAUUUGAAUCCCAAGUGAUGCAGCUUUUUUGUGAGGUGGUUGUGUGCUACAUGUAGGAUAUUCUGAUUCAUUACUACGAUUUCAGUUCCUGUAUAGAGGGAGAUCCUUGCACAUUUGAUCUUGGAGGGUGAAUUAGUUUUGAUGAUGAAUUGACUGAAAAACUAUAUUGCCAUUCUUGGAGUGAAGUAGCAGGAAUCACAGCUGUGGGUACCUGUAAUAUAAAAGCCAGGAUGGGGUGGGAUGUGUUAAUUAGCAAACAUUAGACCAUUGACUAUAUAAGUGAGAAACUUUUGGCUACUGUGGAUAUGGUGUCACCCCUGUAAAACCGUUACCAUGUUAAGAUUUCAUACUGAACAGACCAUCAUUAUUCUUGGCUCUGUCCUGCCACCAGCAGCAACUCCCACUUUCAUACCUGGAUGUGUUCUGGAGAGAUGAUUUAAGAACAACUGUGCUGAACAAAUGUAACGUGGCAAAAUGAGUUUGUGUACCGACUCCAUGACUGAGAAUACAACAAUGUGAAGUUGGAUAUAUAUGAAAGCUUUGUUGUAGAGUGACUGGUGUGUUUCAGGGGCCAUAGUGACUCAUGUUGUGACUGGAUCAUGUGUGUAAUCAGGUUGGAAUAUUUUGUAAGUUCGGCUUCAUUUGAUAAAGCGUUAGGUCAAACACUUCAGGACUGA